AUGACGACGUACUGAUAGGCGUUAUUUAUUGGGAACCCAUCGUCCGUUGACAGAUGGUAACUUAAAGAGAGAGCAGUAAACAGAUAUUGGCGAAGGCGGUGCCCUUACAAACUGAAAGCUCGUAUCAAAGUUAGGAAAUUUUGAGCGCGGCAGGAACACACUAAAAAGUGUGUUAUUAGAGGCUGACUUGUGCAGCUGCACAUUCGGACAUUGUGCCAUAACUCUCCUGGAUUGCCACUUUAGGAGCGCCAUGACUUGGCAAACAAAUGCAGUGUGCUAGGAUGGAAGGAUAUGGGUUCAGUGAUAGGUAAGCGCACGUAAACAAAUCUAUAUAGAGUGCGGGCAGCCUGGAAAACCUGAACAGGUGGCAUAUCUCGGGACAUACAAGUCAAGUGGAGCUGAGGGACAGCUUGCAUCUUUCCUUUAAUCUCUUCCUGACGAAAGCUUUUCAACCCCUCUCCGCCUCGUCGGGAAACACUUCAUUUCGCGAAGUCUAGCUGCUAUUUUCCAGUGCUGACAGCACGGGUUCCGGUGUCUUACAGAAUCCUUAAGAUUUACAUGCAAGUUGCCUUCUGGAUUUAAUAACGAACGCGUUCUUUCUUUCUCAUGCCAUAUGCCUUGUGAGUGACUUGGAUGCGUUAAAUAUCCACGUGUCAAAAAGCGACAUGUUUCCUGAAAUUAAUAACAAGUCAGCCAGACCCGAGGCUUUCCCUCACCCCCACAGGUCUCAGGCCGAGAACACAAAAAUAGGACCCAACUGCACCUACCCACAGAAGUGUGGGACGGGGGUUGGUACUUUGCCCCAGCUAGAGGCUCCGGUCAAGCAAGUUUUGGUGACCAACGGCAAACUUCUGCAUUCGAAUGGAACCUUACCCAGUAUCGUCAAACAGUUGGUGCAAAGCACUCAAGGGAAUCAGGAGGAGAGACCGAGGCCGCAGUUUCCCAAUCGCUUUGGUUCAUCUGUGGAAAACCUCUCCGAAUCCUUAACUAGGAGCAUCAUCAAUAAGUUUGAGAAGAUCAGGACAUAUGAGGGACAGAGGCUGCCUAUGACUCCAACAACGGCACUGAAGCACUUCCAGAACCAGCUAACCGAAUUUGAGAGGGAGGAGAUCAUGGACUACUCUGAGAUCUGGUAUCUGGGUUUGGACACUAAGAAGAUUGAGGGCUCCCAGGGAUCCCCACAGAAUUCAGGCUACGACGAUGAGCAUGGCAGCUACUUAAAGGUCCUGCAUGACCAUAUAGGCUAUCGCUAUGAAGUUCUUGAGGUGAUUGGAAAAGGAUCAUUUGGCCAAGUCUUGAAAUGUUUGGAUCACAAGACAAAUGAGAUGGUGGCCAUCAAGGUCAUUCGGAAUAAAAAGAGGUUCCAUCAUCAGGCUCUUGUAGAGCUGAAGAUCCUAGAUGCCGUGCGGAGAAGAGACAGAGAUAAUUGCCACAAUGUCAUUCACAUGAAGGAGUACUUCUACUUCCGCAACCACCUGUGCAUCACCUUUGAGCUGCUAGGAGUGAACCUCUACGAGCUUAUUAAGAAGAACAACUUCCAGGGCUUCAGUCUGGGGUUGAUUCGCCGUUUUGCUCACUCACUGCUCAAGUGCCUCCAGAUGCUGCACAAAGAGAAGAUCAUCCACUGUGACCUAAAACCGGAGAACAUUCUCCUGUCCCAGAGGGGACAAGGAAACAUUAAGGUUGUUGACUUUGGAUCAAGUUGCUAUGAGCAACAGAGAGUGUACACUUACAUUCAGAGCCGCUUCUACCGCUCACCAGAGGUGAUUCUGGGCCAUCCGUACAGCAUGGCAAUAGACAUGUGGAGUCUGGGCUGCAUUUUAGCAGAGCUGUACACUGGCUAUCCCCUCUUCCCAGGAGAGAGUGAAGUGGAGCAGAUCGCCUGUAUCAUGGAGAUUAUGGGACUUCCUCCAAAUGACUUUGUUCAAACAGCAUCAAGACGGAGGUUAUUUUUUGAUUCCAAAGGUAACCCAAGGAAUAUCACCAACAGCAAAGGGAAGAAACGUCGACCCAACUCAAAAGAUCUUGCCAGUCUGUUGAAGACCAAUGAUCCUCUGUUUCUUGACUUCAUUCGACGCUGCCUUGUGUGGGAUCCCACAAAACGCAUGACACCUGAUGAAGGGCUGCAGCAUGAAUGGAUCACAGAGGGACGUCUCAACAAGCUCCAUCCUAAACCUCGGACUAUCCGGAAAGACAAUGACAACAAUUAUGAAAUCAGUUACCGCAAAGCGACUUUAAACAGGACAGGCAAGGCUGAUAAAUCUGGUUCUGAUGACAAAAUUAAGCGGGUCAGUGACACUACAAGAAAAGGAGGCAAGAUGGCAUCAGAAGAGCGUCUGCGUCCUAUAGGAGCAUCAGCCGAUGAAGAAAAGAGUGAAGAUACAGGCAAAAGUGUGAGCAAAGAUAGCAAGUCGGAUUCAAGUGGAGAGCAUUCUGUUCAGAUCAUCAUCAAACCUCAGACAGGCUCAAGCACUGAUUCUUCAGAAGGACAGGAGCCUCAGUUUCUCCCUCCUAUUGUAUAACACCCUUAAGAAAAGAACGAGUAAUGUUUUAUAGCGUAUGGUUUAUACUUCAGCCGCUUGGUCUGGACUUACCUAUUGUGUUUGACUUGUUGUAUGGCAAAAAGUACAAAAAGUCAAACAAAUUAUUUAUUUUUUUAGCAGUUUCUAACUCAUGGUCUGAGGAAAGAGGAUAUGAUGUUUGUAAGAUUUCUGUUUUGCACAAACUAAACUAAAAUAAAAAAUAACAUAAAAUAAAUAAAUAGAGCCUCUAUAUAUAGUCUUAUGUGACCACAUCUACACUCUCCAGUCUAGAGGAAUUAGAUUAGUGGUCAAAGAGCGGUAGUCUGUGUUUUGAUUAUUCAAAUGAUUUAUUGAUUUCUAAGUAAAGUGAAUAAUUUGGUGCUUGUGAUGUAUUUUGAAAGGAUUAUUACUAUGAGAUUGUUUGUAACAAUGGAAUAUUUUGCUGAGCAUCAUGCUAUGUGCAUGUUUAUUGGGUCUAGUGUGCUUUUUCCUUUUUUGUUUCAAAACAUCAAAGCUUUUAGUAAUGUCAUUAAUAGAGCUCAAGGUAAACUUGAGUUCCAAAGCUGCUUUAUUGUGCAAUCUUACUGCAUGGAUUAACAGGGUUUGUAUGCUUUGUUGUCGUUUGCCAGGUUUUUUUUAUUGUUUCUGUGAGUUAGUGAGCUGUCGUGAAGUAAUUACUGAGCCAAAGAGAUUUAUCAUAUACAUUUUUGUUCUAGAGCAACAUAUCCUCAGACUAAAUCUGACGAAAAGCACACUAGAUCAUCAGAAUGUGCACAAUACUUGUUUGAUUGAAUUGAUGAUGACUGAUAAUGAUGGCAAUGCUGUUGAUGAUUUAGAUUUAGAGGGAAGGUCAAGAAUGUUGACAUUUAAAGUAAAAUUAGUGGAUCAUUGUAUGUUUAUACCAAAUUAAAAUAUUUUAUGGAUUGUAAUAGUAUAUUUUCCUGUACAUAGAGUUAUUAAGAUAAAUACCACGCACCCUGUGGAUGUCACCAAGUCAUGUAAACAUUAGACAAGGUUUUACUUGUUCUUAUAUUGUUUAUUAGUUAUAAUAGAAAAAGAGAUUUUUACUACCAUGUGCUAUCUCUCUCCUUUGUUGUUUUACAAUUUAGUUCAUGGGGUUUUAGAAGAAAGUCUUGGAUCAAGGGUGUUAGGUAGUGCCUUUCAGUAUUAUAAUUAUAUAUGUUAAAUUGUCUCCUGAAAAAAUACUGUCAUACUUAUGAAAAUAAAGAUGUAAUAC